CCGCGAGUCCAGCUCUGCAUAUACUGCACUGUAUUCUAAAUUGCUGAUGGUUUCCACUCAGACGCCACAAUGUUUAUCGGGAGUAGUCAGCAUUAAAGGCUAUGCACGUGAUCUGUCAGAGAAUGGGCGACUAUACUUAUCCCUAGGUUGGGAAACCGGGUCUCCAAACUGUGGCCUUCCAAAUGGUGCAAAACUACAACUCUCAACUACAACCUGGCUGUCCGGGCAUGCUGGGAGUUGUAGUUUUGCAACCGUUGGAGGAGAUCACCAUCCUGUUGCCAACAUGGCCGCGAAGAUCGCCAAAGGGGCCAUACGGAAGUCCAAACCGAUAGCGUCUAAGACGUGCCUGAGCAGCCCCUACGAGAAGAUCUGGAGCCCGGUGGUCAGGGACGACAUGCACUUCAUCCUACAGACUUUAUUGGAAAAAUUUAAGCAACUUGAACUGAAAAGGAUUCAGAUCCGUACGAAGGGGAAAAAGAGUAAAAAAGGCAAAAACGGAGAAAAAGAGGAGGCGGAGACUCCAAAGGAGGAAGCUCAGGUGCCAUCAUGGACCCACGCGGAUCUCCGGAAACAGCUGGCCAUAGGGAUCAAUGAGGUGACCCGGGCUCUGGAGAGGAACGACCUGUCCCUGGUCAUAGUGUGCAAGUCCGCCAAACCCGACAUAAUCACCAAACACAUCAUAGAGCUGAGCCACAGCCGCGACGUCCCCGCCUGCCAGCUGCCGCGGCUGAGCGAGAACGUGGCGCCGGCCCUGGGCCUGACCUCCGUGCUGGCGCUGGGCUUCAGAAGGAGCUCCGAGGUGUUUCGGGUGCAGGUGGAGGCCAUCGCGCCGCGAGUGCCGCCGUUACACGUCCCCUGGCUACAGGCCGCGGGCGGGAAGGACCAAGAGGUUGGCGAUUUGGAGGAGGAACCGCAAGAAGAGAUGGAGGAUGGCGGGGGGGGCCACCACAACCCCCUCCAGAAACGUAAACUCUCUCCCGGCGCCCCGCAGCAUGGUGAUGUGAAGCUGCAGGAGCUGAAAGUCAAGAAGAUCGUCCCGAACCCCAAUAAGAAACGAAAAGUCAAAAAAAGUAAAAAAGCAACGGCGGCGGCGGCACAGAAAUAAGAGACUAUGGCGGCCAUCUGUGAAGCCUCCACACCGAAAAAUAUUUUUAGGCGUAGGAAAGGCGCACACGUUUUGUGCCAAAUGUGGGCUUUUUUGACACCACUCGCUCCUGUUUUCAAACAGUGGGUGUGGCCUUGUGUAAAAUGAGGUGUGGCCUAAUUUAUAACAAUCUACAUCAGCCGAAUGGCGUAAUGGACUGCGGCCCGGAGCCGGUGUCAAUUUCUGCGCGCGGGCGGCUACAGUGACGUCUGAGGUCGGAGCCUCUUUAAAGGGGUUAUCCAGGAUUAGAAAACUAGCGCCACUGUUGUCUUCAGGUUGUGUGUGGUAUUGCAGCUUAUUUUAACAGGAGCGAGUGGUGUCAAAAGUAAAAAAAAAAAAGCAGCGGCCCAGAAAUAAGAGACUAUAUGGCGGCCAUCUAUGAAGCCUCUACACCGACAAAUAUUUUUAGGCGUAGGAAAGGCACGCAUGUUUUGUGCAAAAAAUGUGCGAUUAUUUUUUUUUUUUAAAUUUUUUUUUUCUUUUGACACCACUCGCUCCUGUUUUCGAACAGUGGGUGUGGCCUUGUGUAAAAGGAGGUGUGGCUUAAUGUAUAACAAUCUACAUCAGCCAAACGGCGUAAUGGACUGCGGCCCGGAGCUGGUGUUGAUUUCUGCGCGCGGGCGGCUACAGUGAUGUCUGAGUUCGGAGCCUCUAUGAAAGGGGUUAUCCAGGAUUAGAAAACCAGCGCCACUGUUGUCCUCAGGUUGCGUGUGGUAUUGCAGCUUAUUUUAAUUAAAGGGGUUAUCCAAAGAAACCAAAGAAAAAUUUCCUUUCCAUAUGUUUGGGCUGCUGCAAUUAAAAUAAUGUUUUUUUUAGAAAACAGCGCCACCCCUGUCCUAAGGUUGGUUGUGAUAUUACAACUUGGCUCCUUUUACUUUGAAUGGGUUAUCCGGCAAAAUUUUAUUUCCUCUCCAUAUGCUUGGGAGGAGGACGGGAGAGCGAUACCAGCGGCACCUGGGGAGCUGCGGGAGGGAAGUUAAAGUCUAUUAUUUUAAUUGCAGCAGCCCUUUAAGGUACGGUCCCACUUAGCAUAUUUUCUGCAGCAGAUUUUGCUACCCAUUGAUCUCAAUGGGUAGGAAAAUAUGCAGCAGCAAAAUACACUGUGUAUACGCUACGUGUGACUGUACCCUUAAAGGGGUACUCCGGUGGAAAACUUUUUUUUUUUUUUAUCAACUGGUGGCAGAAAGUUAAAUAGAUUUGUAAAUUAUUUCUAUUAAAAAAAAUAUAUAUAUAUUAAUCCUUCCAGUAUUUAUUAGCUGCUGAAUACUACAGAGGAAAUUAUUUUCUUUUUGGAACACAGUGCUCUCUGCUGACAUCUCUGUCCAUUUUAGGAACGGUCCAGAGAAGGAGAAAAUCCCCAUAGAAAACCUAAAAUGGACAGAGAUGUCAGCAGAGAGCACUGUGCUCGUGAUGUCAGCAGAGAGCUCUGUGUUCCAAAAAUAAAAUAAUUUCCUCUGUAAUAUUCGGCAGCUAAUAAGUACUGGAAGGAUUAAGAUUUUUUAAUAGAAGUCAUUUACAAAUAUGUUUAUCUUUCUGGCACCAGUUGAUUUAAAAAAAAGUUUUCCACCGGAGUACCCCUUUAAAGUGAAUGGAGCCAAGUUGUAAUACCACACACAACCUGAGGACAGUGGGGGUGCUGUUUUUGUAAGAAAUUAGCUCUUUUUUUUCUAUUCCUAGAUAAUUCCUGAAUGCUACAGUUGCCAGGACUUUACUAAAUGACGACAUGUGAAAUGUAGCAAUUUAUCCUUUUUUUUUUUUUAAAUAAUUGUUUCUAUUUAGUAGGAUGUAAAAUAAAAUGGCUACAUCCAAUG